ACGCAAAGUCUCUGUGUGGGAAUGGUACGGCCUUUCGCGCCGGAAGGCGGGCCUGUUGACCUGCCAGGAAGGAGUCGGCCGUCUCGGCUCGCACUGCGCAGACUCAGAUUCCGCCAUAUUGCGUGUGGGAGGGAACUUCGGUUUGGGGAACUAUGUUUAUGUGAGUGUAGGUGCUUCAAACGAAAUAAAUUGUUUGGAAUACUAAAUGUCUCUAGAGAAACAGAGGUAAUCUACAGAAUGGCAGAUGGCUUGGAUGAAUUUAUUGAAGAGCAAAAAGUGAAACUGGCCCAAGACAAAGCAGAGUUGGAAAGUGACCCGCCGUACAUGGAGAUGAAGGGAAAGGCAUCAGAGAAACUCUCUGAAAACAGUAAAAUCUUAAUCUCUAUGGCUAAGGAGAACAUACCACCAAACAGCCAACAGCCCAAGGGAUCCUUAGGUAUUGAUUAUGGGUUAAGUUUACCACUUGGAGAAGAUUAUGAACAGAAGAAACAUAAAUUAAAAGAAGAAUUGAGACAAGAUUAUAGGCGCUAUCUUACUCAGGGCAUUACACAAGCAAAAAGAAAGAAAAAUUUCCUAUCUACUGGUGAAACAGACCCAUCUACUCUGGGAGUUUCUCUUCCUAUUGAUGAACGGUUAUCUGCCAAGGAAAGGUUGAAACUUGAACGCAACCGAGAAUACAAUCAAUUUCUCAGGGGUAAGGAAGAAUCCACAGAAAAAGUCAGACAGGUAGAAAGGAAUAUUGAGGCUAAGAGUCAAAGGAAUAAAAACCCUGUUAGUCAAGGUAAAUCUGAUCUGCCUUCACAAGCACUGACUUCAUAUGCACAUUCAGAGGGACCUGCACAUGAAGAGCUUCUAAACCAAAGACAGCGGGAGGAGGGCCGAUACCGACAGCUAGAUGAUGGAAUUGAAUUAAGGACUAGAAGACCGCUUAAACAAACAAAUGAAGAAAUAGGCAUUUCUGGUACAAGCCACCAAAGCUUUUCCAGCAAGGCAGCUGCUCCAGAGAGAAGAGCUUGCAGGUUUAACGAGGAGCGUGUGCUUGACAAACAGUACUGUAGAGCUGACCGUGAUCCUGACAUAAGUGAAGACAUGGACGACAGGUUUAGAUUUGAAAGUGAUUUUGAUCGAAAAUUUUUGAGAGUAUAUCCAAACAACAGGCCACAUGGGAGCAGACAAGCGUGUGCGGAUGAGGAAAACGUCUCAGAAGAGCCAAAAACGCCGAUCUCAGAAGAGCCAAAAACGCCGAUCUCAGAAGAGCCAAAAACGCAGAUCUCCUGUGCUGAAAAUAAAAGUGUUCGAGAUAGUGGACCACCCAAAUCUGCUGAUGUCAAUAUCACCAGUCCCUUCGCAGGCAUGCUCUUUGGAGGUGAAGAUCGAGAAGUAGCCAAGAAGAAGAAAGAGAAAUAUAGACAAGAACUACUAGAGCAGAUAGCUGAGCAGCAGCAGAAGAAGAGACGAGAAAAAGAUUUAGCAUUCGGAAUUACAACUUCUGGAGUCCAGGACCCUGAAAAAUCGCCUGAUAGACUAAAGCAGUUUAGUUUGACACCAGGACACUUUGAAGAGACGAUACCACCCGAGAGACCCAGAGUAGCUUUCCAGACACCUCCCCCCCCCUUCUCUGCCCCGUCUGUCCCACCCGUCCCACCAGUUCAUUCCGCCCCUUCUCACAAUGAAGACUUGCCCAGUGGACUCGGCAGCACCCUUGGUGAAAUGGUGCAUCCCAGAAUUGUACCUGUGCCUCUGAAUCCGCUUCCACCUCCGCUCCUUCCCCACCUCGUCCCUAACUAUCGAACUCCUUAUGACGACGCGUACUAUUUUUACGGUGCCAGGAAUACACUGGAUCCCAAUAUUGUGUACUAUGGUUCAGGAAUGAUUGGAGGACAUCCUGUCCCUCAUGUCUCUGCCCCUGUCACUCACCAAGUAGCACCACCAGCUGUGAGUACUAUUGGACAGAACGAGCAGACAGUUCUUAGUGAUCGACUCAGGAAUUCAGGACUGGUCUUUGAGGAUAAGCCAAAACCUUCCACACAGUCACUUAAGUCUUACCAAGAAGCUUUGCAGGAGCAGAUUCGGGAAAGAGAAGCAAGAAGGAAGAAAGAACGUUUAGAAAAAGAAGAAUAUGAAGCUAAACUAGAAGCUGAAAUGAGGAUUUACAACCCCUGGGGGAAGGGCGGAGGAGGUGCCCCUCUCCGAGACGCCAAAGGAAAUCUGAUAAGUCCUUUACAAACACAAGGCUCUCCUUUUGCCCGGGGAAAUACAUUUGGCGAGCCACUCAGCGAGCUUCAAAUUAAACAGCAAGAAUUAUACAAGAAUUUUCUUCGUUUUCAGAUUGAGGAGAAGAGACAAAGAGAAGAAGCGGAGCGGGAGAAGCUGAGAGUUGCUGAAGAGAAGGAAGAAAAGCGGCUUGCAGAGCAGAGGGCAAGAAUUCAGCAAGAGUACGAGGAGGAGCAGGAGCGGAGGAGGGCGAAGGAAGAGGAGCAAAGGCUGAAAAAUGAAGAACUUAUUCGGUUAGCUGAAGAGAGGCGAAAAGAAGCAGAAAGAAAGAAGAAGGAAGAGGAGGAAAAGCAUAACUUGCAGCUUCAGCAUUACUAUGAGAGAGAAAAUGUUAUUGGAGAUGAGGCAAAGUACUUGAGACAGCCUUCUCCUGUAGUUCCUGCUCUUCAGAACAAAACUGCAAGCAAAAUCCAAAGACCUCCUUCAGUCGACACCAUCAUAAGUUCCUUCAUUCAAGAAAGCUCCAUGUCCCGGGCACAGUCUCCUCCGGUCCCUGCGAGGAAGAACCAACUCCGUGCAGAAGAGGAGAAAAAAAAUGUAAUUAUGGAGUUAUCAGAAAUGAGGAAGCAGCUCCGAAGUGAGGAGAGGCGUUUGCAGAGUCGGCUGCUGCACCUGGAAAGCGACGACGACAUCCCCAUCAGGAAAAGAGAGAGGAACCCCAUGGAUAUAUUUGAUAUGGCUAGACAUCGGGUACAGGCUCCUGUCAGAAGACCAUCGCCUAAGGGCCUAGAUGCUACUACGUUUCAGAAUAUUCACGACUUUAACGAGCUGAGAGAGAGGGAUUCAGAUACUCGGGUGGAUCUGAGAUUAAUGUACCCAGAUCCUCCACGAGAUCAUCACACGUUGGAGAUUCAGCAGCAGGCCCUACUCCGAGAGCAGCAGAAGAGGCUCAACAGAAUGAAGAUGCGGCGAGAUGCGGGAGCUGAUUUAGACGCCAUCCCCACUGGUAAUGAGCAAGGACGCAGAGUGCCCAGAGAUGACACUAAUGAUUUUUUGAAAAAUUCAUUAUUAGAAUCUGAUAGUGCUUUUAUUGGUGCUUACGGUGAGACGUAUCCUAUCACUGAAGAGGACGCCUUCCCGCCACCGUCACAGCUGCCCUCUGCAAGGGAACGCAGGAGGAACAAGUUAAAAGGACAAGAGUUUGAGAGUAGUCGGCUCCACACACCACAAGAUGGUCUCUCUUUAAACUCUAUCUCCAGUGUAAAUGUCGAUCAGGUUAGAAUGAGAAAUGAGGAGAGACUGAGAAGACUGACUGAGCAUCAGAAGAAACCCACUCACACAGAUGAUGAGGGUUCACUGGUUGAUCCUGACGACAUCAUGAGACACUUGGGUGAUGAUGGACGCAACUCUGUGGCAACUGAGCCCUGGCUCCGCCCUGGCACUUCCGAAACUCUGAAACGGUUCAUGGCAGAGCAGCUGAAUGAGGGACAGCAGCAGGCUCCUGGGAAACCAGGCACUUUUCCUUGGCAGGGACUAUCUGCUGCACAUGCUUAAAAUAAACCCUCUCUGGAUCCAGCAGUGCCUUUUACAGUGGAAGGAACGUUCAAUCGUAUCUUGAAUACUGUGUCUUACUUGUGGCCCUAUACUUUAAUAUUAGUUAUUUAUGUUCUAUCUAUAUAGGAAGUGAAUUUUCCCGUGAUAUGUUUUAUAUAUAAUGUACAUAAAAGCCCUGAUUCUUGAUUUUUAAUACAAUGUAUAGAAUUAUUUUUGCAAUUUAGCUAUGGGUGGUAAUGAACUCUUGAUUGAGCUACCACAUGUGCAUUAAAAUGAGCUUGCCAUAAGAGGUGGUGAAUUAAAGUGAGACAGUACACUGUCAGCGCUGUGGUGAGACAAGUCCUGGUGAAGACCUGCUGUAGCUCACUGUGCCAGCUGCCGGGUACGGCAGGGUCCAGGCCAAGCUGCCGAGCACUCACGUCUGCAGGACAUGUCCCAUGGGAGCGAAGGGUUCGAGACCAUCGUGAGCCACAGUACAGGUUACGUUGUUCUGUCUCCGUUUCACACACUCACUCAGUUACUAAUUUAUCUGAUUUCACUAUUUCUCGACACAAAUAAAGUUCUAUUUUUAUUAACUGCCAA